CCGAAAAGUGACGCUAGGCCCCGCGCCGCAUUGCAGCUGUACCGUUGUGGUGGGGUGCACUGCAUACCGAUAGUAGGCGCCCUCUAUGCUUCUGCCACGAUCAUUGCUGCGCACUCACGCGACAGCGGCCGUGUACACAGCCAGAAACCCUCCGAUCGCCACUCGACUUUUCCACGCAUCUGCUGCUCUACGCGUCAUUGAUAUGUCCAAGGUCAACACUACACGGCGGCUGGAGGAGCUGCGCAAGCUCAUGAAGGAGCGCAAUGUCGAUAUCUACAUGGUCCCGUCCGAAGAUAGCCACCAGAGCGAGUACAUUGCCCCGUGCGACGCGCGUCGAGAAUACAUCAGCGGCUUCACUGGCUCAGCCGGCUUCGCGGUUAUCACACACGACAAAGCUGCGUUGUCCACUGACGGCCGCUACUUCAACCAGGCUGAAAAGCAACUCGACGGCAACUGGGAGCUGCUUAAGCAGGGCAUCCAGGAUGUUCCAACCAUUCAAGAAUGGACACUGGACCGAGUUGAAGGAGGAAAGGUUGUUGCGGUGGACCCUCGUGUAGUCGCGGCCUCGGACGCCCGCAAGCUGGCCGACAAAAUCAAGAAGAAGGGUGGUGAAUACAAGGCUGUCGACGAGAAUCUUGUAGACGCAAUAUGGAAGGACAGGCCAAGCCAGCCCAGCGAGAAGGUCAUUGUGCAGCCUCUGGAGUUCUCCGGCAAGAGCUUUGAAGACAAAAUCUCGGAUUUGCGAAAAGAGCUUGAGAAGAGGAAGAGCUUGGGCUUUGUUGUCUCUAUGCUGGACGAGAUCGCCUGGUUGUUCAAUCUACGCGGAAACGAUAUCCCUUACAACCCUGUCUUCUUCUCCUACGCGGUCGUCACACCAACCGCCGCCACUCUGUACGUCGACGAGAAGAAGCUGCCGCAGCAGGUCAGAGAUCACAUUGGCGACAAGGUUGAGAUCCGUCCCUACGAGGCCAUCUUCGAGGAUGUAACCGCCCUGAGCAAGGCAUCGCUGGAGGCCAAGGACGAGUCUGAGGCGAAGAAGAAGUUCCUUACCUCCAACCGCGCAUCCUGGGCACUGAACAAGGCUCUCGGUGGCGAGGACAAGGUCGAGGAGGUGCGCAGUCCAAUCGGCGACGCCAAAGCUGUAAAGAAUGAGGUCGAGUUGGAAGGCAUGCGACAAUGCCACAUCCGGGACGGUGCCGCACUCAGCGAGUACUUCGCAUGGUUAGAGGACCAGCUGAUCAACAAGAAGGCCACGCUAGACGAAGUCGAUGGCGCUGAUAAGUUGGAGAGCAUGCGAUCUAAGCACAACGGCUUCAUGGGCCUUUCCUUUGACACAAUCUCUUCAACCGGAUCCAACGCUGCUGUCAUCCACUACAAGCCAGAGAAGGGCGAAUGCGCAGUCAUCGACCCGAAAGCCAUCUACCUCUGCGACUCCGGCGCACAGUAUCAAGACGGCACCACCGACACCACAAGAACACUACACUUUGGCGAGCCGACCGAGAUGGAGCGAAAGGCGUACACACUCGUGCUCAAGGGUAACAUUGCUCUCGAGCGCAUCAAGUUUCCCAAGGGCACAACAGGGUUCGCAAUCGAUGUCCUCGCUCGCCAAUUCCUCUGGGCCGAAGGGCUCGAUUACCGACACGGAACUGGACACGGUGUUGGGUCCUUCCUCAACGUUCACGAAGGUCCAAUCGGGAUCGGCACAAGGGUACAGUACUCGGAGGUUGCGCUGGCCGUCGGCAACGUCCUCUCGGAUGAGCCUGGGUACUAUGAGGAUGGGAAGUUCGGCAUCCGUAUCGAGAACAUGAUCAUGGUCAAGGAAGUGGAGACCAAGCACCAGUUUGGUGACAAGCCGUAUCUUGGGUUUGAGCAUGUCACGAUGACUCCCCACUGCAGAAAUCUCGUGGAUAUGACUCUCCUCACCGAGGAAGAGAAGCAGUUCAUCAACGCCUACCAUCAGGAGGUGUUUGACAAGACGAGCGAGUACUUCAAGGACGACGCCCUCACGCUGGCAUGGCUCAAGCGCGAGACAGCACCGUACUAAGCACUUGGAUAAUAUACUUUAGAGGAGGCUUUUUGCAGGUCAUCGGCAUGUAGCGGCUCAGGGCAAUUGCAUAGCAUUGGCGUUGGUCUGACUACAAUCGCAAGACGGUACUAAACUGCGAGUCCCUGCAUGCAAAGUUACCUCUUCGGGCAGUUUGGUUCUCACCACCGCUGAGUCUACUGACUAAGCUGCGGCAAUUCGCGGAUGCCAAUACCAGCAACCCCGCUAUGAUUGGAUCCGAUGUGUCAAGAGUGGUCAAAGGGCGCGGCGCAGGGGUCUAAGAGCGCGUCACAUACUCCGGAGGCGUGCCCCGCCAUCAGCCGCGGCGCCGAACGAGCCAUUGCGGGAUGAAUGACCC